UGAAUAAUAAUGACGCCGGCUUAAUGCGUUCGACAUGGGUAGCAGCAACAUAAUUAAACAAAAUAAAACGAUAUAUCAAUUAAAAAUACAACUAGUUUUGAGUAUUUGUCAACUGUCUAAUUUUACAAGAAACAUGCAAUGAUUCAUCUUCUUCCCCGUUCAUUCAUUCUCUCCUUCUCCUGCUUCUUCGUAGCUCUCUCUCAAAGACAAUAGAAAGCUUAUAUUGAAUAUGGCGAAAAGGCUAUGUCUCAUUGUUAUUCUAUCAAUGUGUCUUCUAACUGUCGAUGAUCUCACGCGCGCUGAGGAGUUGUCUCCCUCACCUGAUUCUCCUCUGCCACCGGAAUCACAUUCAUCUCCGUCACCACCAGAAGCUGAUUCCCUUCCUCCACCAGCUUCAUCACCAAGACCUGAACCCCUACCGGAUUCUCCACCACCACCUCCUCCUCAACCGUCUACUAGACCAUCAUCGCCUGUUCCUGCUCCCUCGUCUGACGAAAAUUCCCAUAAGGAUUCAGAGCCGGAGACGGAGUAUUUCCCUUCUCCAAGGCCGUCUCCUGCUCCGGAAGAGAGAAAACCAGACGACGUGAAAGCAAGCGAGGAUGGUGAUGAGUUCGAGAAAGAAGAAGAUAGCGGAGGGUUGAGUGGAUUGGAAAAAGCUGGGAUCGCCAUUGGAGCUAUAUUUGGAGUCGGGGCGAUUGUAAUGGGAGCUAUAGUUUACAAGAAACGUAGAGAUAACUUAACCAGAGCUCGUUACACUUACUUCCAAGGAGAGUUUCUUUAAACUGCUUUCUUGUUUUUUUCUUCUUUGGAUAAAGAAACAUAUAUGAUUACAUUGUUUUUUUGGUGGUGCUACAUGAUGAAUCUUUCAUCUCUUAGUAGAGCUUAUAUAUAUUAUUAUAUAUUUAACGGAGAAUUACCAUGUUCCACUG